GUUCUGACAAGAUGCGCUUCUGUUCCGCGGAGCAGCGCCGAUCUGCGUGAUUUACCGCGACCAAAACAAAGAGAUCCGGUGCUGCGGAGCCCAGAGUCCGCCAUGGAGCUGCAGCAGGCGCUGUCCGGUACCGGCGGCGGCAUAAAGAUGUACGGGGCGCUGCAGGAGACACACACAGGUGACGUGUCGAUGGCCGAGCGCUCGGUGUCUGCAGAGGAGAUUGAGGCAGAGAUGUCGCGUAUUCAGCGUCUGCGGGAGGUGCUGGUGCGGCGCGAGUCUGAGCUCAGAUUCAUGAUGGACGACAUUCAGCUCUGCAGAGAGAUCAUGAGCCUGAAGCAGGAGCUGAGGAAGACUGUCAGAGUGCCAGACGCAGAGAAGACGAAGCAGCAGCGGCAGACAGAGGAGAAGCUGAUCCUGCAGAUACACACGCUGGUGCAGAAGAGAGAUUACCUGGUGGAGGACGCAGAGGUGGAGCGCCUGAGGGAGCAGGAGGAAGAUCAGGAGAUGGCGGAGUUCCUGCGGCAGAAGCUUGGUGUUAUCCAGAAAGCUCCAAAACCGAGAGUGACCGAAAUUCCUGCCAACAAGCCGUCGAUCAGCAGGACGAGUGCGGCGGUGCUGCGGGACUGCUGCGGGGCCACGAGCUGCGCCAUCAUGUGAAGAGCAGAGUGUGUGGAAGCCACACACACACACACACACACACACAGAGACACAUACACACAUACAUGCAAGCACACACAGAGACACACAUGCAUGCACACACACACACACACACACACACCAGAUCGCAGAACAACUCUGCUGAAAAACAUACACACACACACUGACCCACAGCUGAACCGUCUCUCUCUCUCUCUCUCACACACACACACACACACACACACACACACACACACACACACACACUCUGGAGGCUGUGUGUGUUAAAGCCCAGUGUAGUAAUGCAGAGUUGUAGCACAGUGUGUGUGUGUGUGUGUGUGUGUGUGUGUGUGUAACCCGUGACACUUUAAUAAACCCAUUCAUACAAACUUAAA